GCGUUCGCUGCGCCUCCUCGUCUUCGCCGUCUUCUCGGCCGCCGCGAGCAACUGGCUGUACCUGGCCAAGCUGUCAUCGGUGGGGAGCAUCUCGGAGGAGGAGACCUGCGAGAAGCUCAAGGGCCUGAUCCAGAGGCAGGUGCAGAUGUGCAAGCGGAACCUGGAGGUCAUGGACUCCGUGCGCCGCGGCGCCCAGCUGGCCAUCGAGGAGUGCCAGUACCAGUUCCGGAACCGGCGCUGGAACUGCUCCACGCUCGACUCCCUGCCUGUCUUCGGCAAAGUGGUGACGCAAGGGACUCGGGAGGCGGCCUUCGUGUACGCCAUCUCUUCGGCAGGUGUGGCCUUCGCGGUGACGCGGGCAUGCAGCAGUGGGGAGCUGGACAAGUGCGGCUGUGACCGGACAGUACACGGGGUCAGCCCGCAGGGCUUCCAGUGGUCGGGAUGCUCAGACAACAUCGCCUACGGCGUGGCCUUCUCUCAGUCGUUUGUGGACGUGCGGGAGAGAAGCAAGGGGGCCUCCUCCAGCCGGGCCCUCAUGAACCUCCACAACAACGAGGCCGGCAGAAAGGCCAUCCUGACACACAUGCGGGUGGAGUGCAAGUGCCACGGGGUGUCGGGCUCCUGCGAGGUGAAGACGUGCUGGCGAGCCGUGCCGCCCUUCCGCCAGGUGGGCCACGCGCUGAAGGAGAAGUUCGACGGUGCCACUGAGGUGGAGCCGCGCCGUGUGGGCUCCUCCAGGGCGCUGGUGCCGCGCAACGCACAGUUCAAGCCACACACGGAUGAGGACCUGGUGUACCUGGAGCCCAGCCCAGACUUCUGCGAGCAGGACACGCGCAGCGGCGUGCUGGGCACGAGGGGCCGCACGUGCAACAAGACGUCCAAGGCCAUCGACGGCUGCGAGCUGCUGUGCUGUGGCCGUGGCUUCCACACGGCACAGGUGGAGCUGGCCGAACGCUGCAGCUGCAAGUUCCACUGGUGCUGCUUCGUCAAGUGUCGCCAGUGCCAGCGGCUCGUGGAGCUGCACACGUGCCGGUGACUGCCCGCCCGGCCCGGCGCCCGGCAGCCACCUCGCGGCCCAGGGAAGGCCGAUAAUUUAAACAUUCUCCCACCACCUA